ACGUGAGAUCGAGGGGCGUCCACGUGAGAUGGAGGGGCGUGCACGUGAGAUGGAAGGGCGUGAGCGUCCACGUGAGCCGGAGGGGCGUGCACGUGAGAUGGAAGGGCGUGAGCGUCCACGUGAGAUGGAGGGGCGUGCACGUGAGAUGGAAGGGCGUGAGCGUCCACGUGAGAUGGAGGGGCGUGCACGUGAGAUGGAAGGGCGUGAGCGUCCACGUGAGAUGGAGGGGCGUGCACGUGAGAUGGAAGGGCGUGAGCGUCCACGUGAGAUGGAGGGGCGUGCACGUGAGAUGGAAGGGCGUGAGCGUCCACGUGAGAUGGAGGGGCGUGCACGUGAGAUGGAAGGGCGUGAGCGUCCACGUGAGAUGGAGGGGCGUGCACGUGAGAUGGAAGGGCGUGAGCGUCCACGUGAGAUGGAGGGGCGUGCACGUGAGAUGGAAGGGCGUGAGCGUCCACGUGAGAUGGAGGGGCGUGCACGUGAGCCGGAGGGGCGUGAGCGUCCAUGUGAGCCGGAGGGGCGUCCACGUGAGCCAGAAGGGCGUGCACGUGAGAUGGAGGGGCGUGCACGUGAGCCGGAGGGGCGUGAGCGUCCACGUGAGCCGGAGGAGCGUCCACGUGAGCCGGAGGGGCGUCCACGUGAGCCAGAAGGGCGUGCACGUGAGAUGGAGGGGCGUGCACGUGAGCCGGAGGGGCGUGAGCGUCCAUGUGAGCCGGAGGGGCGUGCACGUGAGAUGCGCGACGCUACCCGCCGGAGCCGACGGGACGAGAGGUCCGAGGAAGAGGAGGAGCAGGAGGACAGGAGGAGGAGCAAAAUGGACUUUCAAGGCCGACAAAGAGACGGAGUGAGCGAGAGAGACCGAGGGAGGGACGGAGAGAGGGAGGAGAAGGGCGAGAAGGAGCGAGAGAAGCCGAGGGAGAGAGAGAGGAACAAAGAGAACAGGGACCGCAACAGAGAGCGAGAGGAGGAGAGGAGGAGGAGGUGAAGCGGCGGGUCGACGGCUCGCCCCGUGGUCACUCUGGGUGUCUCUCUCUCUCUCUCUCUCUCUCUCUCUACUUAUUCUGUCUGUCUGUAUUUUCUAUAAUAGCUUUUUGUUGUUGACAUUUUCGGGGGGGAAAAACAAAAAACAUUAAAGUUUCUUUUGAAGGUUUUUAAAAUCCGUUUCAGUUUCAACUGUUUUCAGCUGCUCCUGGUGUUCAGGAAGCAACAACAGAAUCUCUUUUUAAACGUUCUACUUCUCGAUUGGUUGGAAUGCAGGGUUCGUACGGUCGUGGAAAACCUGGAAAAGUCCUGGAAAUGUGUUAUAAUCACAUCAUUUACGCCGAGUUUGAUAUAAUGAAUGUGUUUUUUUAACCCUUGCGUUGCCUUCGGGUCAAUAUGACCCGAUUCAAUGUUUUACCCUCCUGUUACCUUUAUAUUUACUAACAUAUUUUACCCUUGAGGUCAAUAUGACCCCAGCUAUUAAAAUCUCCAGAAAAUUAUUAGAAUUAAUAUUGUUUUCCAAGUUUAAGUGUGAGGUACUUUAUGUUUGUUUGUUGACUCCCGAAAGAACACCGACAUUAAACAUUGAAUCGGGUCAAAUUGACCCGAAGGUGACACAAGGGUUAAGAAAGACGCUCAAAAUAUAAGCCGGCGUACGCCCUCAAUAUGCAACAUUUUCAAAAAUGUUCAUGUUUAUACCGAGAUUUCUGUUUGGUCAUGGACAUUUGGUUUAAAGUCCUGGAAAUCCAUUGGUCAAUAUGUGUAAGAACCCUGGGUCAUGGAAAACCUGGAAACAUCAUGGAAUUUUAAAAUGGUCAUUUCCAGGCCUGGGAAAGUCACGGAAAAAACUUAAAUCAUAAAAGUUUUGGAAAAGUCAUGGAAAUGUUAUAAUCGCAUCAUUUAUGCCGAGUUUGAUAUAAUUUAUGUUUUUUUAAGAAGACGCUCAAAAUAUAAGCUGGCGUUCGCCCUCAAUACGCUAAAUUUUCAAAAUUGUUACUGUUUAUACUGAUAUUUCCGUUUGGUGCUGGACAUUUGGUUUAAAGUCCUGUAAAUCCACUGGUCAACAUGUGAGACCCCUGGGAGUGGACAGAUCCUCUGAUGACGUCAUCCUUUGAAUCCUGAUCAUGUGACCAAGAGUUGGGCCAAAAUGUUAACCUGAGAAUCGACAAUUACUCAGUUAGAUUUAUAUUUUAAUCUAAAGAAUAAAACUCGUGGCAGCAGCUGUUUAGAAAAUGUCCAAACAUUUCGGGGAUUUGACGGCGAUUCCAUUUAAGAACUGGAGCCCGGGAGAGUGGGGCCCAUCCGGACCUCCUCCGGGCCGUAGGGCCACAGGUGUGUCCUGGCUCUCACACUGGGAAGUCCAGGUACUUGAAGCUCCUUUACUGAUUUGGGACAUCCCAUAAUAACCAGUUGUGGAACACUUACUGUAAGUUCAGUACUUUUACUUUCAGGAAAUUGACACUUUUGCUUUGAGGAUUUGACUCCAACAUUGUGUGUGUAUUUCUUAUUCAGUCAAUCAAAUGCAACACAAUAUUAUUCUAUAUAAUAUACAAAACAGUGAAAAGGUAUAGGUAGAAGCAAAAAUAUGCUUAUAUAUUCCUAUCCUAAAUUAUUAGUAAAAAUCUGAAAAUUAAUAUAAAAUAGAGAAAAAUAACAGAAAAUACAAAAAUAAUAUAUGUACACUACCGUUCAAAAGUUUGGGAUCACUUAGAAAUGUCCUUAUUUUUCAAAGAAAAGCAUUGUUUUUUUCAAUGAAGAUAACAUUAAAUCAAUCAGAAAUACACUCUC